AAAUAUAUCAACAAACAAAAUAAACACAGAAGAAAAAAGAAAAAAGAAAUGGCUAAGUUCAUUGCUGUCUUUAUUGUAGUCGCCUUUUUGUUUGCUACUCAGUUUUCUAAUGCAAAAGAAUUACAAAAUCCUUUGGAGCCAAUCCACACACAAGGAGGAGAGGGUUCACUUAAAGUUGGAGAGUGUCCAGCAGCAUGUAAUGUUCGAUGUUCAGCAACAUCUCACAAGAGUGCAUGUUUGAUGUAUUGCAACCAAUGUUGCAAUAAAUGUUUGUGUGUACCAUCGGGAACAUAUGGUCACAAAGAAGAAUGUCCUUGUUACAACAACUGGAAAACUCAAGAAGGUGGAUCAAAAUGUCCUUAAUUAUCAUAAUAUUAUAGAAGAAAAUGUUCUUUUUGUUUUUGUUUUGAUGAAGUCUAAUGUAUACACCCUAUCAUAGUGGUGAUUGUGAUAGUUGAAAUAAAAUAACUUUUAAAGUUUUUUUUAAUAUAAAGAAAAUAACAU